CCCUGGCACCUCCCCCAAUGCCACAGACCCCCCCGGAAGAGUCUGCUCUCCCCCCUGCAUCCCCAUGGCAUCGAGUCCGUCUUUCCCCUCUGUCGGCAACAGCAAAGCGAGGUAUUUUGGGGAUGAACAGUCCCAGCGAGGCUGCCCUGGGCCUGGGGCCAUGGGGGCUUCUGCCCGGGACGGGCGCGUCGCGGCGAGGCGCGGGGUGGUGCGUGUUUGCGUGACUCCGCUUUCCCAUCAAGGCCAGAAUCUAAACAAUCUUGAUUCCUGUUCUGGCUGCCGCGGCCGGGCAAUGGGCAGGGCUCCUUGAAUUGCAGGAAACGGAGACAUUGGCCUGUUUAUGUUCGAAGCCAAAGACGACCUGAGUGAAGGGGGCCGGGGGCGGAGGGCCCCGGGCUCCUGGGCCCUUUGGAAAGGGGGCCGAGAGCGAAGGAGGCGUCUGGGAGAGGGAGGAAGGCUGGGGGCACCGGGGCAAGGUCACGUCUCCCUCUGGUUUACCUUGGCAAGCGUUUCCUUUCCACAAGGAAGAAUUCAAGGGGAAACAAGCCCUCCCCCUCCACAGCAGCAGCUGGGACAUUUUUGGCUGCCGGCAGCGAAUGCGUUUGUAUGGUCGAUAAGCCAGAUACAAAGCCCUCCAGGGGACCCGGCCCGCGCGUCUCGGUUAGGAACAGCUGGCUUGCAGCGCGGAGGGAUGGAGCAGUGCCACGGAGCCGCGCGGUGCACAGAGAGCACCAGGGCCCAGGUGAAGAGGGGUCGAGACUAUCUUCACCGGGCCUUUUGGAUCCCUUCCCUUUGGAGUUUGGCUCAUUGCACUGCCCCGGGACCACGCCAUUCCCCUGGUGCUAGCUGGCUGCUGGGCUCCACCCCAGAGGCAGAUGCAUCUCAGUGCAGACAGUGCAGUAGCACAGGUUGUUAUAGCCACAGGCGACCACGACAACGUGAAAGCACCGCGGGGAUGCAGGUGAGCCUCAAAUCACUGUGCGCCACUACGGCCAAACCAGCUACAUGCACGCUGCUGACCUGGACGGUGCCGGUAGCCUCUGCCGCAGCGAACCCAGCGAGCACCACCAGACAGUUUCCGAGAGAAUGGAAGGCAUACCACCCUGUUCCUGUCCACUGCAAAAGUGUUGGCUACUCCUCCGAAAGGGGCUCCUAUCGUCAGUCGGGGUUGGUACAGGAGUGAUUUAUACAGUGAAGAAAACCAUCAUCUUUUGUGUGCUUUAUUUAGCUGGGGGGGAGCUCAAAUAGCCACGUGCAUGUUAAAGAACGCGUGGAAUUGUUCUCAGGAAGGGGUGGUAACCGUGAUGUCCGGGCCAAAUUCCGCUUUCCAAAUUCCACCCUACCUAGCUACAUUUCCCCCUCUCUCCCACCCUAAAAGUUUCAGUUGGAUACACAGCCCUUCACUUCCUCUCCAAACCCAUUGUGCAGCGUGGCUGGGCCGCUGUCAAGCAGCAGCCGUGUUCUACCCCAGAAGCAGCUGCAUCUCAGAGAGACCCCGGCACAGUGACACGGUGCCGCCGUGUCAGCGUGAGCAUGCAAAGCUGCCUGGGAUGCUGGCACAAGGCUUGCAGCAGAAAUGUUGCAUCUUAUUGCCCAGUUCUCUGUGCUGCAGGGAGAAGGCUGCGGGGAGCCAUGGGGGCCAUCCUUCUGGGCGCGCUGACCCUCCUGUGGAGCUUUCCAGCCGAGGGGCUGAGGUGCAUCUGCGACCGGCCGCAGUGCGAGAACACCACCUGCGUGGGGAAGAAGUGCUUCGUGAGCAGGAGCCUGGAGAAUGGGCACGUUGUCCGCAGCAAGGGCUGCAUCAGCUCCAACUUCCAGGAGCAGUGCCAGACCGCCGCCAUGGAGCAGUACGCGAUGGAGUGCUGCUCCUCCAGCAUGUGCAACGAGAACAUGGACGUCCAGCUGAAAGAGGUGCCCCAAGGGGACACUUCUCUGAAGAACCUUCUCCUGAUGAUCUUCGUGCCCCUGUUGGCCCUCCUUGUCCUGGGGGUGCUCCUCACGCUCUUCUCCUGGAAGAUGGUGCAGCACUGCCGGAAGAGGCAACAGUUCACCCACAACAACCUGGGGGAUUUGGACCUUGUGCUGAAGGGCUCCACGGUUGGGGACAGCACCUUAGAGGACCUGCUGAGUGACGACUGCACCACUGGCAGUGGCUCCGGCUUGCCCUUCCUCGUCCAAAGGACCGUGGCACGGCAGAUCACGCUGGUGGAGUGCGUAGGAAAGGGGCGCUAUGGGGAGGUGUGGCGAGGCAUGUGGCAUGGGGAGAACGUGGCUGUGAAGAUCUUCUCCUCCCGGGACGAGCAGUCGUGGUUCCGCGAGACGGAGAUCUACAACACGGUGCUGCUUCGGCACGACAACAUCCUGGGCUUCAUCGCCUCCGACAUGACCUCGAGGAACUCCAGCACCCAGCUGUGGCUCAUCACGCACUACCACGAGAACGGCUCGCUCUACGACUACCUGCAGAGGAUGGCUCUGGACACCGAGACCUGCCUGCGCCUAGCCUCCUCCAUUGCCUGUGGCCUGGUCCACCUGCACGUGGAGAUCUUUGGGACGCAGGGGAAACCGGCCAUUGCCCACCGAGACCUGAAGAGCAGGAAUAUCCUGGUGAAGAACAACAGGCAGUGUUGCAUCGCCGACCUGGGCCUGGCGGUCAUGCACUCUCAAGGCAGCGACUACCUGGACAUCGGGAACAACCCUCGCGUGGGCACCAAGCGCUACAUGGCGCCGGAGGUGCUGAAUGAGCAGAUCCGUACAGAUUGCUUUGAGUCCUACAAGCAGACGGAUAUCUGGGCGUACGGCCUGGUGCUGUGGGAGAUCACCCGCAGGACGGUUGUGAACGGCAUCGUGGAGGAGUACAGGCCUCCGUUCUUUGACGUGGUUCCGAGCGACCCCAGCUUCGAGGACAUGAAGAAAGUGGUGUGCAUUGACCAGCAGACGCCCUGCAUCCCGAACCGCUUGUACUCUGACCCGGUUUUGUCUGCCCUGGCGAAGAUCAUGAAGGAGUGCUGGUUUCAGAACCCCUCUGCCAGACUUACAGCCCUGAGGAUUAAAAAGACACUGAAGAAGCUGAACAGCUCCCUAGAAAAACCCAAACAAGACUAUUAAGUGCAGGGAACAGACCCAAGAGCCCUGGGAUCAGGUUUCUGACUUGGUCUCUCAGGCUUCGGUGUAGUAGGGAAGCCGCAGAGGUUCAAGGUCACUGACUAUAGGCUGAUCCCCGCCUCUUGAGGGGACUGUAAAACCUGGUUUUUCCUUCUAAGUCCAGCCCUGGUCUGGCGGAUGGAUUUUGGCUACGACCCCCCCACCCCACCGGAUGAUCUCAGCCUGCUGCAGAGGAGAGCUGCGCAGCAGCUGCCUGUGGCCUCCGGCGUGCAUUUUGCAUUGAUUCUCCAGCGUCCUCUGGGUUGGGCCUUUUUUUAUUCUCGAAAAAAACCCCAAGCUCUCCUGGCCCAUUUAUAAAAAUACCCCCCAGAUCUGUAAUCUGACGCCAGCCGGUCUCGCCUGCCAGACGGGAACAUUAGCACCAGUCGAGAGUGUGACCUCCCCCUGCGCCCCGCCCCGCCCCGCGCCGGGAGUGGGCAGUCGCCUUGGAAAUCCUUGUCGGGACCGCUCUGGAAGCAAGAGUCUUGUUUUAGCACCGGGGAGCUGGGUGCACGUGUGUGCAGGCAUGCACGCGUGCACAUGUGUCUGCCCGCCUGAAUAGCACAAGGGAGAGCUCGAAAUAGCCAGUGGCCCAGUGGCAGCUCAGAGCGUAUCGUGAGACCCCCGGCGCGUGCUCUGCGUGCGCAUGUGUGUGCUUGUCUGAUGUCUGCAUGCAGGGGGCAUAGCCAGGGCUGCAGGGGAUGCUCAUAUUUAGCAUCUCAUUAGGGAAAAAAAAAGCCUGCUCCCUCCUCCAGUGCAAAACCCCACGGGAAGGUCCACAUUUACCACCCCUGAGUCUCCCUGGGCCUGCCAGUCUGACUGUGGCUGCCGUGUAAUUCAUGGCCCCCUCUGCCAGCUGUGGUGGAGUCCUGAGCUUGCCACGUACCAGACCCCUUAUUUGCGUCAGACCCAGGGGCUCUCUCCUUUACCUCCCCUUCUUUAUACCAGCAAACAGGUGAUGCCUGCAGCCACCUGCAGUCCAGUACUAGUAGCACCUUGCUGGGCUGCCCCAACCUCCUGGGGGGAGGAAUUUCUCUGUCCUGCAGCUCCCUCCCUGCCACGUGGCCACCCAGCUCCAGUCUCCGGAGAAAACCCCCAGCUGCCCAUGGCUGGGGAGCAGAGCCCCAUGGCUGCCACAGCCGAGCAUGAAGGCACAUAGGCUUGACCCAAACCCGAGCCUCUCCUGUGAUUCUGGCACCAGCAAUGAUCCCAGCCCAGCGCUCCCACAGCGACAGAGCGCCCGGGACGUCCCCAGCAAGGGUGCAACACGCAGUGCUUCCUGUAUUAUUAUUUUUGCAAUUUCUCCAGCAAAAGACAGUGCCAGGUCAGGUCUGGGCCACCCUCCCUUCUCCACGAUUCGGCUGUGCUGCAUCCCGUCUCUGCCCCAUCAGGUACUUCAGAGUGGUUUGCUUCCCUGAGGACAGGAGUUACCUAGUCACGUGCCAAGCAGAUUUACUAAGGAGAGUCCUGAGUUGCUCCCAUGUCCAGCACCUGGAUGAGGCCCGAAGCGCCCGAGCUUCCAGACCGUGCAGCCUAGAGAUGAGACCCAUCUGCCGCGGUUCCCGGAGGCUGCUGGAUGCACAGAGGCCCGGUGCCUCUCUCCGGUCGAUCUCCCAGAGCCCAGGCGGCCGUGUGUUACCAGGGGCUGACCAUCCCCUGCGUUGGAGGUGUCAGUGCUCGUGUGAGAUGGCCGUGCGGCACAAGCACCCUGACAAGGUGCCUCACACUCCCUUUGCACAGGUGCCAGUGACACCGGGGCGAUCGGCCGGCAAUGCUCUCGCAGCUAUUGCCAAGAUCCGCCCCACCGCCAUGCGCCAAGGGGUGCUCCAUGCCCUCGAGGGCUGAGGGCACCCCAAAUUCAACCUGCAGCUGCGCUGCUGCUGUCACCAGAGGGCGAGGACAGAGCAGAACAGCUGCAGGUUUCUGUGUCAGGGAUUGCAGCCAACAAGCAGCUACGGCUCAGCUAUCGCAGAAGAUAUGAGCGGAGCAAAAUAUUAUGGCUUUGUGGGUGCUGUUUGUGAUCACAGCUACGGGCCGGCCCCGAGAGAUUCCCAGUGCGCGGAGGGAGGGUGCCCCUGCCCAUCCAGGCCCUUGGGGAAGAGGGAGGGGGGCUGGUGUUUGCACAGGAAGGGCCUGAUCCUGCUCCUGCUCCUUGCUGCAGCCAGCUGGGAAUUCGGCCUCUGCUUUCAAAGGGGCGCAGGUCUGAGCUCUUGGUCUGGCUCCUGGCAAGUUGCUGGAGAAGCCCAGGGAGUGCUGCUAAGUCAGGUCCCCGAGACCUCUUCCCCCACUCUUCUGGGCCCCUUGCACGGCUCGUCCAUCCCUGCGAGCAGGGCCAUGCACAGGCUCAAAACAGGGGGGCUCUUUAAUGACCUUAUUGAACGGUGGCUUGAAACCCCGUUCUUGGGUCACCCCCGUGGCACUCGCCUGGCAACCGGCGGUGUCUUCGAGGCUGAGAAACAGUGCCUGCUGCACCCCCAGCCCUCCCUUCACUGGAGUUCAGCCGCACAAAGGUCUCUCAGCUACCGAGGGGCCAGUCCCGAAGUUCCCAUUUGACCCCCACACUGGCCCACAGGCUGCGGCUCUGCAGUGCGGCGGGAUCCAUUUGGUCUCCUCUGCAACUUCAAGGACACCCAGCAAGGCAGCUUUGGGCCUGGGCAAUAGCUAUUUAAAUAUUAAGAUUUAAUAUAUUGAAUAAAGUGUAAAGCUAUUUUCUCUCUGCCUCAUACGCUCAGCAAGGCAGCAGGGAGAGGAGGGAACCUGCCGCUGAGAGCUCGCGAACCAUUUUUAUUUAUUGCUCCUGUGUACUAACAUCCCAGCUCUCAUUUGCAUCUAGCUCCCACAAUAAACCUCACUUCCACCUGUUGACCUGCUUUU